UUAGACAGAGAAUAAGUGUGUAGAAUGCAAUAUUGUGCUAAAAAAGUAUAACCUUGCUCUUGAGAGUUAUGGAAAUAAUGAUUUUUAUAGGUUUAAUCCCAAAAACAGCACGUAUGUCUUGAUGCAGCAUCAAGAAAAUAUGCAUUUUGCCAAGCGACUAAAGUCUGUGAAGCCAACAGUAGAUAACAAGCAUAAGCAAACUCAAAAACCGAAACAAAAAACAAAAGCAAAGUCUAGCAAAGGGAAAAUAAAUAACUUGAGCAAUGUGAUCAGAAAAAGAGAGAUAGAUUACCAGAAUAAAGUAUUGCUUUCAAAAAUGAUGGGAAUCCUCAAAAGGCGGAAUAAAAAGAGAUCAUACGAGAUGACAAUGCCUCCUAUGGGAAGUCUUAAUUAUAUCCAGCGUAAAAGAAACAUUGAUAGAAUUAACCAAGACAACAUACAUCUGUUGAAUCGGUUAAAAUAAAGUCAGACCUACCUACAAUCAUACUCAAUGGAAGGCUCAUGCAAAGCAAGCUAAGGAAUACAAGUUAAACAUAUCGACUCCUCAUUAUAUGGACUUAAGAGCUCCUGGGUCUUUAGAAGGGAGAAGGUAUACAAGACCAAUAGAAAAUAUGAAGAGAAGAGCAUUGACAUCUCAACCUGGAAAGAGGACCAAAUAACCAUAGAAUAGGAACAGCCUCAUCUAAACAGAAUAAAUACAGAGGUCGUAGCUUAAAAGACAAUUUGGAAGAAAAUCCAUACAGCACAGCAAUGGAAAAUCAUGAAAAUAUUUUCCAAAAUGGGGAAGAUCCAAGCAUGAUCAACAUCAACACUGAAGACCCUAACCAAGCUGAUGCUUACUCCAAAUCCAAUGUUCAUGACUCUGCAACCCAGAAUCUCAACAACAGUCAAGAACACCCCAAACUCGUCGAAACAGACCCCGAAGACUUGACCACUGACAAUGCAAACAAACGGGUGUUCUCGAGUGCUGGGUCCAAGCGUGUCAAGUCUCUACGGCAUCCCAAAAGAGUCCACACUGCCAAAGUAGCAGACACCAGAAAACAUCCUGUCAAGAGUAGAGUUGCUGGCCAGCCCAGAGGUAGUCAGGGGCCAGUCAGAGCCAACAAGAAAGGCCGCAAGAAGCACAAGCGGAUCCCUCUGAACCACUACGAGUGGCCUGAAGACAGUGUCGGAGACCAGAACUACAAGCGGCCGACCACUGCCAAUCAUGGUCAAGGCAGGAAGAAAAACAACUAUGACCGCCAGAGACUAGAAAUGCAGAGCAGAGGGAAGCCUAUUGCAAUGGGGCUUACAGGGACUUCACAAGAAAAUGCUGAAGACGGGUAUUACCCACCAGAGCAAUUCUCACAAACAGAAGCUAAUAUCAAAUAAUCUCAAUUAUAAUGAUGUCAUCCUAGCUGAAAGUGCACCUCCUGAUGGGGAUCACUUAGAAGUUGUUAAAAAUGAAAUGCAAUCGAUCAAAGAAGAAUCAGGUUCAAAGCGAGAACUAGAUAAAUCUAGCGAGAAACAAGCUUCUAUAAAAGAUGAGCUAGAAGAUAUACAAGAAGAGGUUAAAAAUAGCGUGCGCCAAGAAGAAGACAUCAACGAAGAAAUCUCAAAACAAUCAGAUAAAGAGGCUACAAAAGAUCCAAAUCCUCCAAACUCAAAACCUGAUCCUCAAAAUCCAAACUCCAUUCCCACCCCCAAAACCCCUCAAAACGCCCCUUCAAACCCCUCUCCAAACAUCCCAUCCCCUCCAAAUCCCCCAAAUCCCAAAAACUCCGACUAAACUCCCUAAAAACCUAAGCCAGCCUCCAAAAUCCUCCACUCCUAAAAUCACCAAGUCUCUGAACUCCGAAGAGAUUUCCAAACUUGGUGUGCACCAAGGCAAGGCUUAUUGUUCAUGGGUGAUGAAAUACAGUUUAAGUUAGAACUAUUUUG